AUGGAAGAAGAAGAUUCGACUGGGAAAAAGCAGGAUUUUCUUGCCCUCACCAAAGACUUAUUAUCAAGAAUUGAAUCAUUGUCAAAUAAAUCAGAAAAUCUUUCCUCAGAUCGAAUUUCUUAUAUGGAUUUGAAGAGUAAUCUUCUGCUAGAUUACUGCAUCAAUUACGCACACAAUCUUUAUCUUAACACAAAAGAGCAAUCUAGUCCAGAAAAAGUGAAGCAUUUGGUCAAGCUUAAAUGUUUGAUGGAAAGAAUUAAGCCGCUUGAUAUAAAAGUCCAAUACCAGCUUGACAAAAUUUCACAAGGAAAUUUAGACUCAGAAUUAAAGUUUAAACCAAACCCGAAAGAAAUGGACUCACAGCUGCAUAUAACAGAAAAAAGCGACGUAUAUAAAGCACCGAAGUUCCAAGCUGCAAUUUAUGAAGAAAAAGGAGGAAAAGAAGAAAGGGACGAAAAAAGAUUGAAAGAAAAACUCAAGCGCUCUUAUUUGAUACAAAGCUUGAAAGAAGAAAUUGGAGAUGAGCCUGUAGAAAUAAAGACUGGAAGAAGCAAAAGACUGAGAGAAAUAGAAGAAGCACAGCAGGAGUAUGAAGAAGAAAACUUCACAAGAGUGCAGAUAACCAAGAAGGAGAGAAUUUUGAGAAAGAAAUUGCAAAAGAAGGAUGAGGAAGAAGAAGAAAAUAUUUCUGGGUUUAUGAGACUGCUCAACAAAAAGCAUUAA